CUCUCCCUCGGGCGCGUUCGUUGCCCUCGCCCCGACCGUUUUGGAAAAUGGAGGCUGUGAAUGGGGGCUGCUGGGUGGAACGAGACGCUGCCAGAAAGCCCUUCUGCUCAUCUGGCCGACAACUAGUUACUGAGCGGCUAAACGCCAAUUCUGCUGUAGGUGCUGCUGGGAAUGAGAGCGGGCGCGGGCCCGCCCUCCGGCAGCUUUCAGCCCAAUGGAAAAGUCUCUUUAGAUCUGAUCAGUUCACAUCUUCAUGACCUAUUGCAAGGACGUGCACAAGGCGCGGCUUUGACUCUAGUGACUUCUAAAGCAUCAUCUUGCAGCACACCCCCCUUGGCUAUGCUACUACAGGCCUGUUAAUCCUUCCCUCCAGAACAAACUUUUGCACAUGCUGUUACUUUUGUAAAUGUUUGAUUUUUAACCUAAUUUAUAUUCUUAAGCCUUCCCAUCUAGGAUAGUUUUUCACCUAGCGCUAAUCACAGUUGUGACCUGAAAGUUAUUUGUGAGAAUCUUUGAUUAAUGUGUGUCUUUGAUUUAGACUAAGCUCGAUGUGGGAAGGGGUCAUGCCUUUUUUUUGUCUCUCUCCACUGCUCUCCUGUGUCUCAAACAUGGCCUGUCAUGAAAUAUGUAUGUGAGAAAUUUUGCUGAAUGGAGAAAGCACAAAUCAGUGUAUAAGUCUCAGACUGGGAUAGUGAUAUAUAGGAAAAGGAAUAGAGUGCUAGUGGAACGUGUAACCGGGACUUGACCUGGUCUGUAGAGACAGAUCAUGAUCUGAAGGUGAAAAGUGGGGAGGUUACUGGAGUGUGUGGAAGACAGAGAAUAUCAGUUACAAAGGUUCUGAGGUUGAGAAGAGUAGUUCAUACAGAAGAAACAGCAAGUGUGGAGGUCCUGAAUUAGCAUAGUAGAGGAAACUGAAAGAAAGCCAGUAUGGCUAAACUAAGAGAAAGGAGGAAGGUGGCGCAAGAUGGGGCUUGCAGGAAACUGAGUCAUGUAUUGAGUCUCUUAGAGAAGAUGGCAGGCUUCUUGUAGAACAUCACUGUUUAACAAGAAUACAAAGUGUCUGUAGGGGAUGAUAAAGGAAUAACCCAAAUGUUUUGGCAUGUUGAGGUGGCCUUUCAGGUCCUUUGCUGACCUGUUUCUGAUUAUCACAGGAUCCUAGAUUGGGACAAUGAACAAAAGAUGUCUGCCCCCAUGUCCAAGUAAAGGAAGAUUUAUUCUAAGAUUCUUUAUUUUUGUUUGUUUGUUUUUAACUGGACACCAUUGAUUGGAACUCUUAAGAUUCUUUUUCUGAAUUAUCUUGAAUAUUUUUAUCUAUUCUUCCAUAUUAACCUUAAAAUCACUUUGCCAGGUUCUAAAAGAAAUCCUGUUCGGUACAACUGGAAGCAAUAUAGUGUAGUUAUUAUAAGCAAGGCCUCUGGAGUCUGGCAGAUCUGGUGUGGAAUCCAAGUUCAUUCAUUCACCAGCUGAGUGAUCUUGGUAGAGAAGAUUAUUCUCUUAGUCUUGUUCUCUCAUUUGGGAAAAAAAAGGUUCAGAAGAUCAUUGUGGGGACUGAAUAAGAGAAUGUGUGUUUUUCAUCCAAAAACAUGAUACUUUCUAGUUUUUAACUUUUUAUGUUUCUCAGUAAAAUUUUGUUUUUUUAAAAAAGGGUCUGGGGUUCCUCUUGUUAGGUUUUACUGCAAGUUUUUUGGUGUCUUUUGCUUGUUUUACUCUUUGUUUUGCCUGAUGUUGAUGAGUACAGUCUUUGGUGACCUAGGAUGAGUUACUUAUCCUUUCAAAAUCUGUUUCCUCAGAGUUACAAACCUCAUGGUAUGGUGUGGAUUAAAAGAGGAUAUAUUUUUAUACACCACUUAUCCAGUGGGCAUUUACGACUGCCUCCUAAGAGGGAGCCCAGGUGAUGGCAGCCAUGCCCCUGACAGCCCGACACCAGGUGCUGAGACCAACAUUGACAGUGAGUCCACAUCACCACAAGGAGUUUCUGAAGAAAGAGACAUGUUGAUGUCAUGUGGACUGAAGAAGAGUCUCCCCAAGAGAACUGACUUCCCAGAAACAUGUGAAGUGGAGAAGCGCCAGAAAAUCCCCGCAGUGAAAAAUGCUCGAGGAAAGGUUCCAAGAAUCCACUGUGCAAGGAAACCUUACAGAUGUGAGGAAUGUGGAAAAUGCUUCAGCUAUUUUUCUUACUAUGUUAGACACCAGAGAGUUCACACUGGGGAGAAACCCUUCGAAUGUAAUGAGUGUGGGAAAUGCUUUAAUGGCAAUUCUUCAUUAAUUCGGCACCAGAGGAUCCACACUGGAGAGAAACCCUAUCAGUGUGUGGAGUGUGGGAGAGCCUUUAAUGACAAUGCAAAUCUGAUCAGGCAUCAGAGAAUCCACAGUGGGGACAGACCCUAUCACUGCGCAGAGUGUGGAAACAAUUUCACCAGUAGUUCUGAGUUUGUUAUACAUCAGAGAAUCCACACUGGGGAGAGACCUUAUGAGUGUAACGAGUGUGGAAAAGCGUUUGUUGGUAAUUCACCACUAAUUCGGCAUCAGAAAAUCCACACUGGAGAGAAACCCUAUGAGUGUAAUGAGUGUGGCAAAAGCUUCGGAAGGACUUCCCAUCUUAGCCAACAUCAGCGUAUUCACACAGGGGAAAAGCCUUAUUCUUGUAAAGUAUGUGGACAUGCCUUCAAUUUCCAUACAAAACUAACUCGGCACCAGAAGAUUCACAGUGAGGAGAAACCAUUUGACUGUGUAGAUUGUGGAAAAGCCUUCCGUACUCAAGUACAAUUAAAAAGGCAUCUAAGAGUUCAUAUUCCAGAGUCUUCCUAUAUAUGUGGUGAGUGUGGAAAAGUCUUCACUAGCAAAAGAAAUCUUCUUCAGCAUCAAAGAAUCCAUACUAGAGAGAAAUCCUAUGAGUGUAGCAUGUACGCAAAAGCCUUUCGGACUUCUUCCCAGCUAGGUCAUUUUGAGCAGUUUUACUCUGGAGAAAAGCCUAUGCUGGACAUUGGUCGUUUUGGCCUGCCAGAAUUCUUUACUCCAUUUUACUGGUAAUAGUGCACUCAGUUUCUUUUUAGAUUCCAUCUUCCACUCAAAAGUAGAAUGUGUGACACAGACCUGGCUCAACCUCAGAUCCUUCCCUUCUGCCACAAUCACUGGUUCAGAUGUCGGUAGGUGACCCAAGGUGGUCCAGUAUGAGUCCCAGGACUUGGCAAGAACAAGAGCUAAUAGGAAGAAAUACUCUUUUUCUUUUUUGUUUCAUUGUUUUUAAAGCUGAGAAGACCUCCUAAAUUUUCACAGAGGCUGAGAAUAAAGUCAGCACAGUAAAAGAUAUCUGAGAGUUGAAGAGCAAUCAAAUGUUGAAGAUACUGUUUGAGCAGCUACAUUAAACCAUGUCUGAAGCUAGAAAUACAUGUGGGUUUUUGGAUUUCAGUAGCCAAUAAAUUCCACUUUUUUUGUUUUGUUUUUUCCCUGGGCAA